UUCCAAGACAAGUUCAACAUUGCCGCAAGCUCAAACAAGCUAUUCUCUUCAAUAAUGUUUUAAGUAAUUCAAGAGCCAAGUCUUAUCAUGACUAUCAACGAUCCGCCUGAUAACAUUUUUAUCCGCUUCAAGAAUCACAUCGACAACAACAUCUACCGAGGUUUUCAGACCAUUCUCACAUUGCCAGUACAUAUGGAGAACCGUGAGCAAGAAAUGGACAACAGUCCAACCAACAGCCACGAUAUUGUUCCCCAGCAAAGAAAGCAGGUGAUUCCUCCAUCAAAUUCGAGUACAUCAAGUCCAGAUGAUACGAGAGAGGCCGAAGUAGAAGACGUCUACCACUGGGCCAUCUCAUCUCCAUAUUCUCCUCUAAAUCUACAGUCCUUACGGCAACCUCGCCCGACUGAUGCGCCUCGGGAUUACCCCGAUUGCUUCACCUUCCGGGACGCAUUCGAGGAUCUCUUAGCAGUGAAUUCUGGAAAACCUCUAUCUGACCUGCGCAGACUCGUAUUCUCCAAACACUUUGAGCAUGUGCGGUACUUUCCCUGGGGAAUGUCCGUUGAAAAUUGGGUUGCCGGCGUUGGACUUCGCGGCCUUUGGAGCGCUUAUUUCCCCCUCUCCCCAUCGGCUAAGCGUGAUUUGUCCUGUGGUAUAAUCUCUCCUUGGAGGAGUCUACAGAUAGGAGAAACGACGUUCCAUCAAUCACCCGUAUCGAUGUGGCCUAGCAUGAUCCUCCCGCCUUGGGAACAUCACCGGUCGUGGCGAUAUGGCGAUCCGAUCGGGUCUGAAGAAAAGCCAGCUGAGCAUGAAGAUGAAACGACGUACCCCCAAGAAGCAGACACGGAAUAUGAUCUAUACGAGCCUCCGCGCUCCGAGCCUACUACGGAUAAUAAGGUAGUAGAGAUAAAUACUCCUCGAGGACUAAGUAAUCAAACGAGAUCGAGCCAGGCUACUGAUUCCCAGGAUUCUAAUGACGGGACUGUGACCCAGACGAUCGAAACACCAGAUGGCGGUAAGAUUGUAAAGACCAUCGAACAGCACGGCUCAAAAUUCGGGAAAAGAGUCAAUACUACUACAAAACGAUUUAAUGCUGCUGGCGAGCUGGUCUCUAGUAGCCGGACAAGCAGCUGGUCAUGGUCUUAUCAGUCCCCGAACCUAUCUUCAAAAUCGUUUGAUGAAGAGGGGUCAGAUUCAGAUGACGAGAAUGCAGAUUGGCCCGAUGACAAGGAGGGAAGGUCUACUGGAAAGGAUCCCAAGUCUAAUGGUUGGUUUUGGAAAUAGCUUCAACUUUGAACAUGGCCCCCUUUGUAUCGUCUAUAAUGAGAUACUAUGAGCAUCACCGCUUACUUUCAAGCAUACGCCUUCAUGUAUAUACCUACGCAGCUCGUUUAAACACGCUAAUAAUACAUAAUUGCAAGUUAGCAGAAAUAAAUUACCAUUGAAUACA